UUGAAGCAUGAGUUCCUACCAGCAGAAGCAGCCCUGCACCCCACCCCCCCAGCCUCAGCAGCAGCAGGUGAAACAGCCCUGCCAGCCUCCACCCCAGGAACCAUGUGUCCCCCAAACCAAGGAGCCCUGCCACCCCAAGGUGCCAGAGCCCUGCCUGCCCAAGGUGCCGGAGCCCUGCCAGCCUAAGGUGCCCGAGCCCUGCCAGCCUAAGGUGCCCGAGCCCUGCCAGCCCAAAGUUCCAGAGCCUUGUCCCUCACCAGUCAUCCCAGCACCAGCUCAGCAGAAGACCAAGCAGAAGUAAUGGGGUCCACAGCCAAGCACUUGAGGAGGCGACCACCAGAGGCUGAAUCUCCUCUCCCAUUCUGCCUGUGUGUCCUGUCUGUAACUAGCUUGUUCUCAGCCUGAGAGCCUCCCUCUCUGCACCCUCUAAAAGGCUUCCCUCACUCUCAGUCUGGAGGGCUCCUGAGCCUCUGAAUGUGGCUGAAAGUCUCACUGGAUGAGCUAGUCUUCUGGCUGCUCAGGGCUCAUCUGAAGAGGAAUAUUGGGGUUGGGGAAGUCAAGUGAAUUUUCCCUGCUCUGUCCCCAUUAAAUCACUUUUAACCCCA